UUUUAUAUUUUAUAUUACCUUUGUGUUCUCCUGUAAAUGUUAACAUUUUUUUGGUUUGUCUGGUGCUACAGUUUGGAUGAUCAGCAUCCUAUUGUUAUCUCUGAUUUGAUAUCUUCAAAAAUUGAGGUUCUCAAAUUUUUCUUGCUCAUAGGAUAACUUUCCGUUUUACUCCUGCUCUUCUCAUUUACAGUCUGCUGUGGGGGCACAGGAAUGUUGCUGUCAUUGUUUUGUUUUAUGAGUGUGUUUUUAAAUUUAUUUUUAACCUCAAGGUGAUUCUGAUGCACAAAAUUGAGAAACACUAUUUUGAAAGUUGUGCCUGUGUUGUAAAAUGAACAUAUUUAAAACUAUAUUUACCCUUCAGCAAGGACAGAUAAAAAUUCUCUUUAUCAGUGUUUCUGUGGUCAUAGCAAAGCACAAAUACGGCUAUCAGAUUCAAUCUUUUUUCUUUUUUUUUUUCUCUUGGGUUGGUGCUUUAAUUUGCUUAAAGCAGUCUCUGAUGGUAUCCAGGGUGCCUUUUUUUAAGAUCUGUGUUUAAGGAGUAACGGGAGCAAAUGAUUUUUACUCAGGAUUAUUGAUUCAGUUGUUACUCAUAAAGUCCACACUUCUCAGAGCUCUGUAUAUGCCACAUCCCUAGAAUUUGUUUCUAGGUUAAAGGUGGCUGCAGGUUCUGUGUCACUGGGCUUUAUUGUUAAAAACAAUAAUAACACCAGUUAAAUUCAUGUGCUUAUUAUCAUUGCAUGCAGGAAAUUGUAAAUAAUGGCAGAGCCUGAAAGAGUUUUCUAAAAAUUUUGUUGAUUUAAGAUCGAUUUCUGUGGUUACUGUUCUGUUUUAAAAACAUACAUAUAAGCAGGACUCCAACUGGACAAAUCCCACUCCGGGCAGACGCCUAGUUUUGAAAUCCCAUCACCCCACGAUAUUCCAAGACAGGGUGGCGGGGACAGGGCUCAUCGCCAGUCUGGGCCUUGUCCCUUUCUAGGCCAGGCUGACCCCCGGGCUGGGGAGCCCUCAGCGGAACUGAGUGGCCGCCUGGGCUCGGUUCCCCUAAAUCUCAGGAUUCUGCCCCAGAAUCAGGACUAUGGAGUAAAGGUUUCCUUUCCUUUGUCUACUUCUGGAUCACCAGUCCCAGGACAGGCCCUCACAGCCAGGGGACUGCAGAAGUGAACCGCAAGUCUGAAGAGGAAGCCAAAGAACCGCAAACCACUUCGUGUAGCACCCAGGGCGGAUACAGCCAGAAGUGAAACCAAGGUGUUUAACAGAAAUGAAACCCAAGAAUACAACAUGUAAACCAGAUUGGCGGCCAGGCGCAACGUGGCUCGCGCGCGGCCUUCCCCCGCCCCCGCCAGCAGGGAUGGGCAGGUGGGGCUGGAGCCAGCUGAGCAGCCGCCGGCGGAGGCGGAUCCGGAAGCUGCGGGGGAGGAGCGCUGCGCGAGGACGCGGGGACGCGGGGACGCAGGAGGGCGGGCGCCUGGGAGCAGAGAGCUGUGCAGUCUCGAGUCUGACAGGGGGUAAAAAUUGGGAAAGAAAAUGUCUAGCAUUUAUAAGAUCUUUAACCAUUGGCAAAGUUUUUUGUGUCAUCCUCAUUAUCAUAAUCCUGGUUGCAACUAUCAUUACACUUUCUGUUCUCUUGUCAGAGAGAAAAGUAGAACUCAUCUUAGGGCUCCAUAAGCAUGCUGUCUGUCCCCAAGGCUGGAUUGGCUAUGGAGAGAAGUGUUUCUAUUUUUCUGAUGACACCAGGAAUUGGACAUUCAGCCAAACUUUCUGUGAAUCACUGGGAGCUGAUCUUGCUCAUUUUGAAACUCUAGAGGAACUGAAUUUCCUGAAAAGAUACAAAGGCCCUUCUGACCAUUGGAUUGGCCUUAGCAGGGAAUCAUCAUAUCACAUCUGGAAAUGGACAGAUGGCACUGAAUAUAAUAGCUCGUUUGUUAUCAAAGGAGUUGGGGAACGUGCCUUCCUGAAUGAUAAUGGAGUCAGUAGUGCUAGGACCUACACAGAUAGGAAAUGGAUUUGUAACAAGUUAAACAUUUCUAAGCCAUGUGCCUAAAGUAUGGACUUCAUUGUUUACCACCUGUGACCUCGACAGAUUACAAAACCCCUCAAGCAGGAUGUUCUCAUGAAAAGUGGUAUAAUAACACCAGCUUCCCUAACUAGUUGUAUGGUUUAAAUGAGAUCAUACAUGAAAAUUCCUUGCUAUUGUGUCUGACUCAUAGGAAAUGUUUCAUAAUUUUUUUAUUCCGCCGUCGUUACUCUUUGGAAAGAAAUUUAAAAUAAAAGCAAUAGUUCUGCCACAAGAAUGAAAACUUAAAAGAUGAAGUGAAGGUCAUGGUUUUUCUGCCUCCACCAGCAGGAAGUCCCUGAGCUGUUUAAAUUAAUUUGUAAUGCUUUAGUGGAAAUCCCCGUUGGUUGAAUGAAUCAUUUAAAACAUGCGUGGGAAGCAUUCCUUAACAGAAACAAUCCUGCAGAAGUACAUGGUAAGUAAUCAUAUGACAGGGACAGUCUGCAUAAUUCAGAAUUUUCCCAUUCUUGCAGUAUAAUCUAUAAUGAUUCAUUCUUUGCAUUGCACCAAACUGAUAAAUCUAAGGCACAAUAUCAUCAGGUCACUCCCUUGCAUGAACCCUUUCACUGACUCCUCCUUUGCCUUCAAAAUAAAAUUGAAAAAUAAUAAUACAAUCUUGCCACUGCUUUCCUUUCCGUCUUCUUCUCAGUCUUUCUCUUCAUAAUCUCUGUUCCCUAGAUUUGACACCAAAACUAAAUAUGAGCAAAAGGAAUGAUAUGCAAAGUAAGUUUCCUGCUAUUAGACAGGAUCUCAGCUUCUGGAAGGGACUUGGCAAUGCCCUGUCAAGCCAGAGCUUGUAUAGAAACUCUGCGGUGUUCAUUCCCUUGGCAUUAAUACUGUGGUUUUAGCAAUUGCCAAAAUGAUCAAAGCAGAGUCAUCCGUGAGUAAUUAGGAUUAUAGCCUCAUCAGCAGCUGCCAUUCCAAUGAACUCUAAAUUCCAGUGCAGAGGAGAAAGAGACUUUUGAUGGAGAAGAUUGAGUUUGGGCAUGGUGAGUGAGUAGAGAACUGUAACCAAAGAGAGGAAAUUUGGGCUGCUCAUCUUUAGUCUUGGUUUAAUCAUCACCUUCUAUGGAUAUGUUUUCUGAUCCUUAGAUUAGGUUUUAUUUCUGCAUCCUUGUUUCUCAUAGCUCAUGUUAUUUUGCCAAUCUAAACCUCAUUACAUUGCUGCUAUUAUUUAAUCAAUUUUCUGACUCUCAAAUCAAAAUGUAGCUUACAUGCCAGGAGAGAAGAGAGUGACAUUUUCUUAAUUGUGUCCUCAGUGCUUGGUGUAGCUUCUGUAAUAUGGUGGGCAUCCAAUUGAUAUCGGUUAAAUGAAUAAAUCUGUUUAUGUUUUUGGAUAUUUUAAAUCAUAUUUACAUUUAAUAGUUUGUGGCCUGCUUGCUUAAAAAUAUGUAACUUUUCAGUACCAUGAAAUAUAGUUAAUAGUCUUCUGAUUUCUCUGGCUUUGAGUCAAGGAAAAUAUAGCAAUAACACAGAACUCCCCUGAAAAUAGCCUGGAAACUUUGCAAAAAGAGUACCUGCUCUAUAACACAGAAAUGAUCAAAUUGUAUUUAAACACAAGUUUUCAUUAUACUAAUGUUCUGAUUAUGAGAUAAAUAAAUGGGAAAUAGAUUUUGACAAUUGUUCAGUGGGAAUAAAUGUAAAAUUUAUAAUACUUUUUUUUUUCAAUGAGUAAAAUAGAUUUAGUGCUGGGAUUUAAAUCUUGUCAACGAGAAUCCCAUGCAUAAUGUUGCAUUUUGCACUGUAGUAUUUUAAUAGUUCAAUACUCCAGUCAAUCUACAAUCUCAUGCCUCUUAGAAAACAAUGUAAUAACUUCAAGAGCAGAGAUAACCCAGAAAUAAGUGGAGAACAAGAAACAUAAAGGUACAAAGUAUUAAAAUGUAAAAGGAAAGAAACAGGGCUAAAGAAGUGAAAUGUAAAAAGUCGUAUUAGAUUUACCACAGCAAGAAUUUAGAGGGAAAAGGUGUGACUACAACUUUCAGUCAGGACAAGAUGAUGUAGACUCAACUGUCUCAGAUCCUCAUCUGGAAAUAGGAUGGGAAAAACGAGGGGAGAACUCUGAAAGGUGAUAAGAGGAAAGUGACCUCAGGACCAAAGAACUAGCAUAACAUCAGGGUUUUUUUAUUCCCCUCUCCACACCCGUUAAGAAGCCCAAACAAUCCUGCAUUUCUUGACCCCCAACAUAACAAUAGAAGGCAGCCCAGGCAGACUUAUUCCUUCCCCUGUGUGCCAGUUUGGAUAUAUUAUGUCCCCCAAGAAAAAGCCAUGGUCUUUUAAUCCAGUCUCAUGGGAUAUUGGGAUUGGGUUGUUUCCAUGGAGG